AUGCUCUUAUUGAAGUCUUAUUUGUGUGCUUCGUUGAGACUUAUUUGUGGCUCCUCGUCGGGGUUUUUAACCCUCAGUUUGGAGUCUUCGAUGCUCUUAUUGAAGUCUUAUUUGUGUGCUUCGUUGAGACUUAUUUGUGGCUCCUCGUCGGGGUUUUUAACCCUCAGUUUGGAGCCCUCCUCGUCGGGGUUUUUUAACCCUCAGUUUGGAGUCUUCGAUGCUCUUAUUGAAGUCUUAUUUGUGUGCUUCGUUGAGACUUAUUUGUGGCUCCUCGUCGGGGUUUUUAACCCUCAGUUUGGAGCCCUCCUCGUCGGGGUUUUUAACCCUCAUUUUGGAGUCUUCGAGGCAAUGUGCCCUCUCCCUUAG